AUGGCAACACAAGUUGAACCAGUUCCCUCUCAAAUUCAGCCAAAAGAACUUUCAUUCCUUUUACCUAAAGCUCUCCACACAACAGCCCAUAUCCACCUUACAGCGCUAGAGACCUGCGCAAUGGUCUUCAUAACAACAUCAACACCCGGAGAUAACACGGGGUCAGCAAAACCAAUGGGCAGUUUCGUCUAUGCUAUGCCAGACCGCAUCAACCCGAAAUCCGUUCUAAGCACUACGCUCUACACCUCGUCCAGCAUCGAGUUUACUACUCGACUCGCCAAGAUCCUGGCGCGACGCAUGGCACGUCCGGUCUAUGUGGGAUGUAGUCUGGAUCCGGGGGCGUUGGGGUUGAUGGUGGAAGAGGAGAUGGAGGGGUUAGGGAGGAUUGUGGACGUGGUGAUGGAGCAAUCGAAGUGA